AAUCAAAGCGGAUCACAUUACUACAUGUUUGCUUAUGUUUAAUUGAAAGCUAAAAAAAAAACUACUGUAAAUAGCUUACAAGCAUCUCACAGUUCUACACGUCCUCGUCACAAGUACCAAUUAACUUUAUCUUGAAGUAUAUGCUUCUUUUGGAAAGUCCUUACAAGCAUAGUCUUUACAGCCCAGCCAUUAAAUAGUUGUCUAGAUAUCUCUAGGCGUCGUGGCAGCUUUAAAGUAGUACUAUAUUAGUACUAUGUAUAUUAUAUUUAGCAGUCUAACAAAGAUUGACAUCAGGAAAGUGGUGCACAAUUUCUACAUAUCGGAUUGAUACCUCAAACGCACAAGAACGUAUUCAAGUAUCAGCUCAACAUUCCAUUGACGUUUGCUCCUAUCGAUCUUGGUGCCAGAGGUGCCUUAGUACCUACAGGGUGGUAGAUCAUCUAAAGGAAUAACGCAGUAUUACACUAAAGUGAACCAUCUAAAGCUCCUCAUAUUUUGUGCUCGUAAGAAAGAGAGUCACUAAUUUCAGAUUGAUUCAGGAAUGACAUCCUCAAGUUGCUUUGAGUGAAAGUCUUUCUAGUUAACGGGUAAUAAUCUCAAAUUAUAUUUCAUGUAACCUAAAGCCAUCCGUCCAUCCUUGAUCGCAACUACUUAAUAAAAAAAGUAAAACAAAAAAAAAAAACAAGCAUCGGAGACCUUAUUUUACAUUUGUUUCUUUGUCACGCUCACAUGAAGUUUAUCACGAGCUACAACUUAGGGCUAAUUACUUUAGUCCUUAUGAUCAACCUAUCUAUGUUCAUUUGUGCUUUUGAAUUAAACAGAUAGUAUAGGCCAGAGAAUUAUUUUUCAGGUGACGCCAACGAAGCAGCAGCUUUCAAGACAAAACCAUUGCAACAGCAAACUGUAGAUUCAUCCAAAACCACAGAAAUGGGUUUUAUUUCUAAUAUAACCUAUUCUGACUUCAUUAGUCUAAAGUUGGAAGACCUACCAUCUUGAUAGGAAUGGCAGAAGUCUAAAUUAUUGAAUAGCUCCAAUGUAUUAGGUGAUAACCGCUCAGGCGAUGAUGACAAGGAUAAAUAAGCCUUGCCAAGCUAUAAAGUUGUAGUCAGAUAAUUAUCAUGGAUACUAUAGGAGCCCCCAGAGAGGCUCAAAAAUCCAUCAUCUGGGAUGAUCCAGCUCUUCCACCCAAGAAGACCAAUUAUAAGUUGUUGAAUUUCCUCUUUGUUUUAGAUAUAAAUAGAUAUCAGAAGUUGAAUAUAAGUAUACAAAGAUCAAAAGUAGUGCACAAAUACGUAUAAAUAAAGAAAUGGGGAUGAAACCAAUGAUUAUAACCUUCUGGAAGCUAGACUAAAAUAUAUGAAAUAUAUCACGUCAUUGAGCAGAGAACAAAACUAGACAAACC